CAUUCACAUACAAUUAAAUAUAUCACACCUGCACGGGAUUCAACAACAUGGCUGACACUCUGACCGAAGAGCAAGUCUCUGAAUUCAAGGAAGCAUUCUCCCUCUUCGACAAGGAUGGCGAUGGACAAAUCACCACCAAAGAAUUAGGCACCGUGAUGCGCUCGCUCGGCCAGAACCCAUCGGAGUCGGAGCUACAGGACAUGAUCAAUGAGGUCGAUGCUGACAACAACGGCACCAUCGACUUCCCAGAGUUCCUCACCAUGAUGGCUCGCAAGAUGAAGGACACCGACUCUGAGGAGGAGAUCCGCGAGGCAUUCAAGGUCUUCGACCGUGACAACAACGGCUUCAUUAGCUCUGCUGAGCUGCGACAUGUCAUGACCAGCAUUGGCGAGAAGUUGACCGACGACGAGGUUGACGAGAUGAUUCGCGAGGCGGACCAAGACGGUGACGGGCGAAUUGACUACAACGAGUUCGUCCAGCUCAUGAUGCAAAAAUAGAGCAACUCUUGAGAGAGAGGGCAGAAAAGAAGCGGAAAUGGUGACGGAGCGACACGAUGUACCUACUACGCGAUUCGAAGUGAUGCAGGUGCAGCUACUGCCCGAUUUUCAGUCAUGAUUGCCCAGGUCUUAUCAAGAUCUGUGGGUGGGUACAUGCUUAUGACAUUAUCGGAUCCCUUCCUAAUCUUCGCUUUCACCUCAACACAGUCUCCUAUGAUCUCAAAGUGCUACAUUCACGAUUGCUCAGAGUUGUCCGAUCGUCCUUCAGCGUGAACGCGAUGUCUCUCUCCUGCGACCAGACUCAUGCCACGCGGCGAGGACGAGUGUAAAAGAUGACAGGAAUGAAAAGUCCUUGCCUUGAUCUACGAUCUUGUUAUUCGUAGGCUCAGCAAUGUGAGAUGUAGAGCAAAUGACACUGUCGUGCAGGAGUGAAUUUUUCUCGACGGCGGCUUGAAAAUUGCACGCACAAACGUCCCAAAACACGCAAG